ACCCUUAACAAUGAUAGACAGCAACACUUUCGUAACGUAAAUGGAAAAAAGAGAGAAAGAAUACAAUACACAAAGAGGAAAGAAGGACGGUAGGGAGACGAGCGUUAAUUUUGAAUUGUCUGCCCGCCGCCUGUAGGCUGUGCAGUGCAGAAUGUUGUCCAUCCGCUGCGUACGGCUGCUGCCUUGGGGCCCGAAUCCGCUCCGGCCGCUCCUAGCCAAACAAAUCGAUGUGCCUGUCGUCCAUCAGCGUUCCUUCACAGCCCUCUCCAGAAUCCGCACACGAGUACCUGCUGAUGUAAUCGCUGGAAGAGCAUGUGGCCGUCGAAUGAUCAGUGGCAAGACGGGCGAGCCCCUGACACUGCUCCUCCAUCGCUGGACGAAGCUGGCGUGGAGCAACAUGUUCGGCAAGUACCUGCUGGUCACAAAUGUGUUGGGCUCCGGCCUGCUCAUGGUCGUCGGCGAUGUGAUUGCCCAGGAGUACGAGUAUCGCAGGGGACUGCGGCGACACGAUCGCUAUGAUACGGAUCGCAUGCUCCGCAUGUUUGUAGCCGGAGCACUGCAGGGACCACUCCACCACUACGUCUACAACUGGAUGGAUCGCAUUAUGCCGGCGCGUACCAUGACGAACAUUGCCAAGAAGAUACUCAUCGACCAGCUGGUCAUGUCGCCCGCCUGCAUUCUGAUAUUCUUCUACUCCGUGUGCUAUCUGGAGGGUCAAACGCUCGAGUGCACCAACAAUGAGCUGAUUGGGAAAUUCCCCUACAUAUAUUUGCUGGACUGGAUGACCUGGCCGGCGGCACAGUAUCUAAACUUUCGUUACCUGGACACCAAAUAUCGCGUUACGUUCGUGAACAUCUGCACGGCCGUCUACAAUGUUCUGAUUUCCUACAUGAAGCAUGACUUCGGUAUACAUUUGCCGCUGGAGCAGGAAACACAACCAACAUUCGUUGAAUCACUCAGCCAGGGAUUAAGAGCGCCCCCGGCAACAGCACCAAAAUCGGAAGCAGACACAGCAAACGACAAAGCCACACCGAAGAAAACGCACUAAACACCUUAGUACUUUUUGUGAUAUUGAUAAACGAUCCAAUCUAAAUUCUUAAGUCUACGA